GAGGGAGUGAGUGUGAGGGAGGGAGGGAGUGUGAGGGAGCGGUGAGGUGGUGACUGGGAAGGUCAGGGCUGUGGUCAGGUGUCAGGUGGCGGCUGUGGGGGCGCGAGGUUUCCCCUCCGGGAACGGCCCAUUGUUGCCGACACUCCGAACGCUCCGGACCCGCGACCGCAUCCAACCAUGAGCUUCCUGUUCCGUUCAUCGAAGACGUUUAAGCCAAAGAAGAACAUUCCGGAAGGGUCCCAUCAGUAUGAGCUCUUGAAGCAUGCGGAAGCUACACUGGGCAGCGGCAAUCUGCGAAUGGCUGUCAUGUUGCCCGAUGGCGAAGAUCUAAAUGAAUGGGUCGCAGUCAAUACUGUGGACUUCUUUAACCAGAUCAACAUGCUGUAUGGAACAAUAACGGACUUCUGUACUGAGGAGAGCUGCCCCCUCAUGUCAGCUGGGCCAAAGUAUGAGUAUCACUGGGCUGACGGAACAAAUAUUAAGAAACCCAUCAAAUGUUCGGCACCAAAGUACAUUGACUACCUGAUGACCUGGGUACAAGAUCAGCUGGAUGAUGAGGCUCUCUUUCCUUCCAAAAUAGGUGUUCCUUUCCCAAAGAAUUUUAUGUCGGUGGGGAAGACGAUCCUGAAACGCCUGUUUCGUGUGUACGCCCACAUUUACCAUCAACACUUUGACUCUGUGAUCCAGCUGCAGGAAGAGGCCCACUUAAAUACCUCCUUCAAGCACUUUAUCUUCUUUGUUCAGGAGUUUAACCUCAUAGACAGGAGAGAGUUGGCUCCACUUCAGGAGUUGAUCGAGAAACUAACUACAAAAGACAGAUAAACAGGAAGUGGACAAGGACAAACACAGUCUCGUCAUUAUUCUUCAAGGCAUUUUUUUUCCUUUAAACUAGCACAGUGCUGGUUUGUAUGAGCAGCCUGGCUAAUCCUGAGCUGGCGUUGACAAAAACUUGACUUCUUAUUUGAAGGCUUCAAAAAGGAUGGUGUUGGUAGGUGUUACAGGACUUCAUUUAGACGGGAGGCUUGUGUGUGGUGAACUAUGUACUUGGGAUGGCCUAAGGCAUCACGAGGCCUAAGAUCCUCGUAUACCCAUUGGAUGUGCAAUUCAUUGUUGGCACCCAGUAGAAGAUACAUUAUAUCCAAGUAAGUGCCUGAACUGCUUCAUCACGUGGACUUAGAUGGGUUGGCAAAGCAACAUUGCAUUCUGGGCUUGACACUGCUGGACUAGAAAGCUUUCAGUCGAAAAAAUAGGUUUGUUUCUCAAAGCUUCUCACUGAGAAAAGGCUGCUGGUUCCUUAGAUGCUCCCUGCAGGGUAUUUUUGACCACUCUAUACUAAGGGGUAGAAAUUCCACAUGAGUCUAUAUUUAGUCAAUUGGCUAAGCACUUCAGAGCUUGUAGAAAGCGGUAUAUCAAUUACAAGGAUUAUUAUUCAGUCU